AUGGGCAGAAAGCUGUUAUACUUUCUUCUGUGCAUCAUCUUUCGGCUUCGCCUCUCUCUCUCAGAUAUAGGACAGGUGAAACAGUUGGAGUCUGUUCCUGAUCUUGAGAAGUUAAUGUACAUGGUUGUUGAUGGAUAUCCUUGUGUACGACUACUCAGCCUUUCAGGGGAGAUUGGCUGUUCAAAUCCUGGACGUGACAAAGUUGUUGCUCCGAUUGUAAGAUUCAAGAAUGCUAAUGAGUUGGCUCGUUCAUCAGCAAUACUGGUGUCAUUAGAUGAAUUUGACAGCUUAUUUUUAAGAGUAUCUAAUGACUCAGAUUUUGCUCGGAAUAUAGCUGGUGUUUUAGUUGAAUCAGGAACUAUGAGUAUGAAUCAAUUAAAAGGAUUGUCUCCAGAUAAAAAGUUUCCACAAGCUGAGUUUGCUCCUUACCAAAGCAAUGACUUUGAAUGGAACCCAACUGGAUCUGGUAUUCUGUGGAAAUCUUAUGGUUUUCCUGUAUUCUUACUUUCUCAGAGUAAUACUUCAACUUUGCUGGAGGUUGCCAUGAAGAAUGAAAAGAGCAAGAAAGGUUAUACUGAAGAUGUGGCUGAAUUUGAUCUUGUCAUGCAGACAACAAAAGCUGGAACUCAUGAUUCAAAGUCUUGUUUGAAAGAAAACACUUGCCUUCCAUUGGGUGGAUACAGAUUGAAUACUUUGAAUGUUAGCUACUUGGUCUAUCACCUUGGUACUGGUGUGCCACAUAGUCAGAUCACAGAUGCAUUUUACUACCUUCUUCCACAGUGCAUGUCCUAUUCACUCUUUCCAUUUACAAUGUUGGCUGACCUGUGGAAUGAAAUUAGGCUCUGGGUAACAGUUAAGACCAUAUGUAAUCUUUCAUCCACUUCUUCGGAAGAAAACCGAUGGUGUUAA